AUGGGCUUUUUCGGGAGACUAUUCGGGAGUAAAAAACAGGAUAAAUCGGCUCCGUCGAGUGAUAGACGGAGAUGGAGCUUCACCACCAGAUCCUCUAAUCCGGCGUCUUCAAACUCCAGCAAGAGACGUUCGUAUCCUCCGCCUCGGACGGCGGCUUCGGUGGAGGAUGAAAACGCCGACAAACAUGCAAUAGCCGUGGCGGCUGCGACCGCCGUUGUGGCCGAGGCUGCUCUAGCUGCUGCUCAUGCUGCGGCGGAAGUUGUGAGACUCACCAGCGGAACUGGCGGGAGAAACGGUGGUGGUGGCGGAGGGAGUAACCGCCGGUGGGCUCAGGAGUACCUUGCGGCGGUGAAGAUUCAAUCCGCUUUCCGUGGUUAUCUGGCGAGGAGGGCACUAAGAGCACUAAAGGCAUUAGUGAAGCUUCAAGCUCUAGUGAGAGGACACAUAGUGAGAAAACAAACUGCAGAUAUGUUUCGAAGGAUGCAGACUCUGGUUCGUCUCCAAGGUCAAGCUCGUGCUCGAGCCUCUCGUUCCUCUCACUCCUCUGCUUCUUUCCACUCCUCAACCGCUCUGUUGUUCCCUUCUUCCUCUUCUUCUCCUCGCUCUCUCCACACGCGAUGCGUUUCAAACGCUGAAGCCAUCCCUAUGGACCACCGUGGCAGCUCCAAACGGUUAGAUUGGCAAGCCGAGGAAGACGACAAGAUCCUAGAAGUCGAUACCUGGAAGCCUCAUUACCAUCCCAAACCGCUACGUGCAGAUAGAAACAAUGAGUCUCCGAGGAAAAGACAACAGUCUCUGUUGGGUCCGAGAAGUACAGAGAAUAGUCCUCAAGUUGGGUCUAGUGGGUCAAGAAGAAGAACACCAUUUACGCCGACGACCAAGAGCGAGUAUUCUUGGGGAUGUAAUAACUAUUACUACUCGGGUUAUCACCCGAAUUACAUGGCUAACACGGAGUCUUACAAAGCUAAAGUCCGGUCACAGAGCGCGCCGAAACAGAGGCUUGAGGUCUCUAAUGAGACCAGUGGCUACAAGAGAUCUGUUCAAGGACAGUACUAUUACUACACGGCGGUUGCAGAGCAGGGUUUGGAAGUUGGAAGCCCCGGUUACUACGGAGGAGGAGGAGUUUCUGAUCGAUUGAACCGGAACCACAGCGAGAAAUCAAGGUUGCGUUCUUCGUUUCUUAACUAG